GUUAUAACCCUGUUUCAAACGUCAAUCUAUGUGUAAUGUUUAAAAACUGUUGCACGUUGCAGUAUUAUUGCAUCAGCAUAAUCGACUAGUCAGUUACCUGUUGCUGUAAAUAGUAGUAGCCCGCAGGCUGUUUAGAUCUUUAAAUUUUGUAAGUAAUCUACUGUUUAUUGUGAUACCCCAGUGCGACAUGUCCGCUAAAGAGGCACUUGAGCAGCAAGUCAAAGACCAGGCCGAUAUGGUUAGAAAGUUGAAGGCUGCUAAAGAAAGCAAGGAACGGGACAAGGAGUGGGUUCCCUUUCAAGUACCACUAAGGGCGGAACUUUAUCCCCAUCUAAACAAUUAUCUCUCGGAGCGUAGUUACUUUAAUGGCUACCAGCCCUCCUCAGUAGACAACUAUUUGUUUGAGUGUCUGGGGGCACAAGAACCUCUAAACUUGCCCCAUUUACACCGCUGGUACAGACACAUUGGCAGCUACUCAGCGCAGGAACGAGGCAGCUUUCGUGCUUCUGAUCCAGCUGAGCUGCAACAUUUAAAACACUGUGUUCAAUCGCAGAUAGCAGAGGAAGUGAGCAAGCUUCUGGACCUAAAGGCUCAACUCGUUGCCGAAGAUGGCACGGUUGCGCCCACAAAUGUUAAUCAGAAAUUUACCCUGAAAACCGCCAAAGGAACGAGAGAUUAUUCGCCUGAGCAAAUGGCCCUCAGACUGUCAGUGCUGAACAAGAUUGUGGCGGUCUUCAAAAAGCAUGGCGCAGUCACGAUUGAUACUCCAGUGUUUGAGCUGAAGGAAGUGUUAACUGGCAAGUAUGGGGAAGACUCGAAGCUGAUCUACGAUCUGAAGGAUCAGGGCGGAGAAAUCUUAUCGCUGCGUUACGACUUGACGGUUCCAUUCGCCCGAUAUCUGGCAAUGAACAAGAUCAGCAACAUCAAACGUUACCACAUAGCCAAAGUUUACCGAAGAGACAACCCUUCGAUGUCCAGAGGCAGAUACCGGGAAUUCUACCAAUGUGAUUUUGAUAUUGCGGGUGCUUUCGAUCCAAUGAUUCCCGAUGCUGAAUGCAUCAAAAUCGUUGCCGAAAUCCUGGACUCACUCAAUGUGGCUUCGUACGUAGUGAAAGUGAAUCACCGAUUGCUGCUCGAUGGGAUGUUUGAGGCAUGCGGCGUCCCUCUGGACAGCUUCCGCAGCAUCUGCUCGGCUGUUGAUAAACUAGAUAAGGCUUCAUGGCAGGACGUGAAGAAGGAAAUGGUGGAAGAAAAAGGUCUUUCCGAAGCCGCAGCUGAUCAGAUAGGCGAGUAUGUGAAGCUGAACGGAGGAAAAGAGCUGGUGGAGAAGCUGCUAAGCGACGACACGCUGUCGAAGAACAAGUCUGCUCUUGAAGGGUUGGAGGCAAUCAAACUGCUGCUUGGAUACUGCGAAAUUUUCCACAUUUCGGACAAAGUCUCCUUCGAUCUGAGCUUGGCAAGAGGCUUGGACUAUUACACUGGCGUUAUCUAUGAAGCAGUGCUGUUAGGGGAUGCCAGCAAAGGGGAGGAGGUAUCAGUGGGAUCGGUGGCUGGGGGCGGCCGAUACGACAAUCUAGUGGGCAUGUUUGACGUGAAAAAUAAGCAAGUUCCCUGUGUGGGAGUGUCACUCGGAGUAGAAAGGUUAUUUGCCGUUCUGGAACAGAAAAUCCACGCAGCAAACAGGAAGGUGCGCACCACCGAAGUGGACGCCUAUGUGUGUACAGCGCAGAAAAACCUGGUUGAGGAGCGGCUAAAGCUUUGCAAUCAGCUGUGGGAAGACGACUUUAAGGUGGAGUACUCGUACAAAAAGAACCCAAAACUGCUCGCUCAACUGCAGUACUGUGAGGAGAACAGCAUUCCUUUUGCCAUCAUCUUAGGCGAAUCGGAAAUCAAAAAUGGAGUCGUGAAGCUACGAAAUGUGCUAAGCAGAGAAGAGACCGAAGUGAAGCGCAGUGCUUUAGCCGACGAGCUGCGACGAAGACUCGGGGAGCUGAACCUAAACGGCACCGUACCAGCUUAGUAUUCCAAAAGAAUAAUUUAUUUUUAUUUAUUGCAAACGGUGUAAGUCUUGGGAGUGUCAUGUGAUUUUUUUCUAUUUGUUUGCAUGGACGCCAUGAGACUUGGCCUGUCAUGUAGAAUGUAACUUCUAGUGAAUAUAAAGAGAUUGGUCAGUUCA